GGUGGGCGGAAAAGCGGUAGUGUGUUUCGGUAUCUGAAGAUAAAGCCCGAACCCGGGUACCUCUGCCGAGCGGAACAGCAAAGAAACCAGAAAAGGGGGGUGGGGUUGGGGGGUAUAGUUUGCUCCUUGCUGGAAAAUGGAGGGUACGGCGGGUCAGACGGAGGCCCGGGUGGACAGAGGCGCCCUGAGCGGCCAGACGGUUUCCCCCGAAAACGACAUUGACAUCGACGAGAAAGAGUUGGAAAACAUCACAAAGAAACAACAAGGGGACGACACAACGACGCUGCCUUUGCACUCUCCGUGGACGUUUUGGCUGGACAGGUCGUUACCGGGAACAACCGCAGCAGAAUGUGAAUCGAACCUAAAGAAGAUCUACACAGUGCAAACCGUCCAGAUGUUCUGGAGUGUGUAUAACAACAUCCCUCCAGUCACGGCACUGCCUUUAAGAUGUAGCUAUCACUUAAUGCGUGGCGAGCGAAGGCCACUCUGGGAAGAAGAGAGUAAUGCAAAAGGUGGUGUAUGGAAGAUGAAAAUACCAAAAGAAAAUAGUGUAGGUGCAGUAGUUUGGAAAGAGUUGUUACUGGCCACUAUUGGAGAGCAGUUUGCAGAUUACUGUGCCUCAGACGAUGAAGUUGUCGGCGUGAGCGUUAGCGUGCGCGAUCGGGAAGACGUGGUGCAAGUGUGGAACAGGGACGCCACUCUGGCUAACGAAGCAAAUAUCCUGGGGAAAGUCUUCGAGCUGCUCCCGUACAUAUCCUUCAAAGCAGUUUUUUAUAAGUCUCACAUGGAGCAUCAUGCCUUCGAGGGAGGACGCUCAAGACAUUAGACAGUAAAGCACUUUUUUGGUUGUUGUUUCUUUGUUGGUUUUUAAAACUGAACUCUGUACCAGCCUUUACACAGAGGCCAAUGUCCACAGGCUAGUUAUGGAUUUUUUUUUUUUUUUUGCUUUCAACAAGAAAAUGUAUCGAUCUAUUUUUAUAACUUUUAAUGACUGAUGCCUUGUCUCAUCUCAGUAAUGGGUCCUAGAGUUCUGAGCCUCUCAGAGGAUGUAUAGUCCUGCUUCAGCGAGCUGCUCUGUCGUGGUCCCGCCCCCCCCAGCGUAGAAAGGGGGACCCGGUGAGUCAUUCCCAGUGUAGAGGUAGCAGCUGCUUACCCGAGUGUGUUCUCACUGCUGAAAACAACCAACGUCCGCAUUCUCAUCAUGAUCCAGUGCCAAAGCACUCGCCUGCUGUUUUUAAGAUGCUUGUAUCUUAAUUAUCAGUGUGUUUUACUCUUUUAGGCUUUUAUAAAAACUUUUUUUUUUUUCACUUUAAUGGACAAAAUGUUCCUGAUUGUUAUUUUUCGUCUUUUUUUUUUUUUCUUGAUUCUUUAUCAAGAUCCCAGAUCAGGGUCGCACCUGGAAAAUUUUGCACAUGACUACUUUAUCGCUGUUGUCGUCCCCUCAGUUACGGAGCCGUCAAUGUUUAAUCCAGCACAGGUCCGGUCCGCAGCGACCGCACGGCUGCUGUCCGCCUUUUUUCCGAUAUCCGUAAGAAGAUUUGAACCUAUUUGCUUUAAGAGGAAAAGUGGAUGUGGGAAUGUUCUCGGCGCCAAAUCGGACGCCUCUGUCACCGCGCACUUUGACAGUAGACCCCCUACCCUUCGAAAAUGAAUCACUGAUCAGUUAGUGAGGAAAUCCUACACUUUCAAAAAACUUUUUUUUCCUUCUUUUAUUUGUGUGAUCCUCUCAUGGUUCUCCUUGGGACUUGUCUGAACGAGUUUCUCUGCACCAGUAAAUCUGCCCGGUUGCUUGCUGAAGAACGCUGCCUAUUUGCUGUGAAAGAUGGCUCAUCUUCUGUCUGUGUUUGGAACCUGUUAAAUGUAAGCUUUAGGAAAGUGGCGCGAUGCAGUGAGAGCCAGUAACUGUGAGGUCAGUGUAGAUUUCCGUUUUUUUUUAAAUGAAUGAAACGGUCGGUUCAGCAAUGAAAAGCCGGCUGAUGAAUAUCAGCCGUUUUCAUAUGAAACCUGAUCGGACUCGUCUCCACUAACCCUAUUAACAUACUAUCACCAUGUAUUAUCCCAGUGUAGGCUCAAGUUACUGGAGUGCUUCUGGUAUUUUUGUCUCACACUACGUUUCUAGUUCAACUUUGGACUGUUUGAUAGUUAUAAAGGGACAGUUUCUUUAUGAACAUGAUUUUUUUGCAGUGACACGGACAAAGUAAAUAAAAUUGAAGCGAAAAUGCA